AUGGAUUCCGCUGGCGACGCCGACGUUCACCGUGUCUGGACUCUUCUCUCUGAGGUUUCAGAGCAACUUAGCCAAAACCGCUCUUCUGCUGUGAACCUGCAUGCCCUCGCCGAUGGAGCAAAGGCUCAAGCCAUCCAUUCACAAACCGGCUUUGUACUCCGCCGCUUCAACCUAGACAAACCAAAAGAGGUUUACGAUGCCGAACUGGAACGCAUGAACGCGGCCAUGUCCGCGGAGAACCAGGCCCUCCUCAACGACAACCGCCAGCUCAGCGCCCUCAUCCGCGAGUACGAGCAGACCCUCGAAAACGUCAUGGCCACCUUCCGUACGCGCGCGCACGAGGUGCAACGGCGCGAGCUCGCCCUCAUGCGGCAGUACGAAAGCGUCCUCGUCGAGCGCGAAACCGAGGCUCUGGGUGAAAACAUGAAGGUGAACACCGCACGCUCGGAGAGCUUGGCUCGUGUCGGCCGCAUGUUGCGCGCCGUCUUGCGGAGAUUGGGUGGGGAGGAUGUGCAGCUGUACGAGGCGCACAUGGCAGCAGCGGCAGGAGGGAAGAGCGCAGGUCAGUCUCGCCAGCCCUCGACAAGCGCAGCACCGCUAUCGGUACGCCGGGAAGAGAGGAGCGGGGAGGGUGAGAGCAGCAAGAAGGACAAGGGGAAAGAACGGGACGACGGGACACUCGACGAACAUCGUUCAGGGUCCCCAGACCCUGAUAUCGACCACCUACUGGACGAGGAGGAGGAUCCGGAGCGGCGGCUCGCGGCCGCAGAGUGGGCGUUGGAACGCGAGAGCGAGCUCGCCCGUCUAGAACGCGAGAACGAGGAGCUCCGUGCGCUCGUCAACGGACUGCUCAAACCGGAGGCGCCGAGCUCGACAGCGCCGCAACGACCAUCCGAACUGUCGUCGUCCACCGCGCCGAUCCUCAUACCCGACCAUCCGGACGGCGAGGAGGAGGGCCGGAAUGCCGAGGAGCACCCUUCAUUCGCGACGAUCCCCCGCCAACAUCGAUUACUCGGUGGUCCGCCAGGGACCGUCGGGCCAUUCGGCACCUACAAGAGAAACACGCUUAUCCGGGUGGAUAGCCGGUAG